GCCGCCCGGGCACUGAAAGACCGCGGCGGCGGAGGGAUCGGGGCCAUGUUCAACCGCGGCUCGCGGCGCCGGCGAUCCACCCGGAACCUCCCUGAGGUUGAGGACCCUGACCGGGGCCAGCCGUGUCAAGCCUGCGGGGAUCAGUGUCCAGGUUUCCUAGUGCAUGGAUGGAGGAAGAUCUGCCAACACUGCAAAUGCCCAAGGGAGGAGCACGCGGUGCGGAUCGUGCCCGUUGACUUGGAAAGGAUGAUGUGCCGGCUCAUCUCUGACUUUCAGCGCCACUCCAUCUCGGAUGACGAUUCGGGCUGUGCCUCGGAGGAGUACGCUUGGGUGCCCCCCGGACUCAAGCCCGAGCAGGUGUACCAGUUCUUCAGCUGCCUCCCUGAAGACAAGGUCCCGUAUGUCAACAGCCCCGGAGAACGAUACCGCAUCCGCCAGCUGCUGCACCAGCUUCCCCCCCAUGACAGUGAGGCUCAGUACUGCAGCUCGCUAGAGGAGGAGGAGGCAAAGGAGCUGAAGUUGUUUUCUCAGCAACGGAAGCGCGAGAACCUUGGCCGCGGGACGGUCCGACUGUUCCCUGUCACCAUCACCGGAGCCAUUUGCGAGCAGUGCGGGAAGCAGAUAUGCGGCGGGGACAUCGCGGUCUUUGCCAGCCGAGCCGGGCACGGGGCCUGCUGGCACCCGCAGUGCUUCGUCUGCAGUACCUGCCGGGAGCUCCUUGUCGACCUCAUCUACUUCUACCAGGAUGGCAAGAUCUACUGUGGGCGGCAUCACGCCGAGCGUCUCAAACCGCGUUGCGAGGCCUGUGACGAGAUAAUCUUUGCAGAUGAGUGUACUGAGGCCGAGGGGCGCCACUGGCACAUGCGCCACUUCUGCUGCUUUGAGUGUGAGGAGGCGCUGGGCGGACAACGGUACAUCAUGCGCCAGAGCCGCCCGUACUGCUGCCGCUGCUAUGAGAGCCUUUAUGCAGAGUACUGUGAUGCCUGUGGGGAGCACAUCGGCAUUGACCAGGGCCAGAUGACCUAUGAAGGCCAGCACUGGCAUGCUACCGACACCUGUUUCAGUUGCUCCCGCUGCCACCAACCGCUGCUGGGAAAGCCCUUCCUGCCCAAGCAGGGCCAGAUCUUCUGCUCUCGGGCUUGCAGCCUGGGCGAAGACCCGAACGGCUCGGACUCCUGCGACUCGGCCUUCCAGAGCGCCCGCUCCCAGGAUUCUCGCCGGGUCAGCUGGCAGCAGCGGCGGGUUCAGGCCCAGCGCCCGCCGUCCUCCCAUGUCGCCCGCUCCAUUUCGUUCGGAGGGCAGCCUGCGCCGUCUCACUCGACCCCCAGAAUCCGAAGGAGCUGGAGCGGCUUGCCCGGGGAGGAGAUGCCCACGGAGACAAAGGAGCUCUCGGAUCAGGAGAGCAACGGUUCGGGCUGCAGCCAAAGUGACAAGGAGCCUGUGAAAUGCACCUCCCGGGGAACUUCAACCUGCCCUCCACCAGCCACUCAACAGGAGCAAGGCACAGGCACUGAGAUCCGGCCUCGUUUCCAGCGAGCCUCUCCUUUGCGCCAUUCCAUGCCAGAGUUGGGGAUGCCCCCUUCCAAAAUCCCGGAUUGGAGUUGCAGUUCAGCAUCCAAACUCCAAGCACCUGGCCAGUCGCGAUGCAGCAAGGGAAGCGAGCUAGGGGUGGAGAGCUUUGCCCGGUCAGGAGCCCCACGGGUGAGCUUCCGGGAACCUCUCGUCUCUGGAGAGCCAAGCCCUUCCUGCCCUGAGCAGCCCACCCUGAACCCCCAGCUGCUUCAGAAUGGAGGGGCUAGCCGGCAACACCUCCGUUCCACUUCUGACAAUUCGCUUAAUCUGGGGGGCCAGGGAUGGAGACCCAGAAAGGGGGCAGGGCAGCGCAGGGGAAAUAGUCUCUCCUAUUCAGCUUCUGAGGGAGCUUUUCCUGCCUGGCAUCACCGCUACCCUCCCCGGGGAUGGGAUUUCAGCUCCUCUGACUCUUCUGAUUCCUCCUCGGAGGAGGAAGGCUACUUUUUGGGAGAGCCUAUUCCCCUGCCCCCACACCUACGAGGCGGGGCUAACCCCACAGAGACCAUGCCACCCACUGACUCUUUGCGGAAACAGCAGCGCCGAAGACUACGUGUCCGGGACAAGAACUGUGUUGUGGCAUAAACGUUCCAUCUUUGAGACUUUGGCUAUGAUGAUCCCACUGUGAACUCAGGACUUUGAGUUUAUCGAACCGCUAAGUGUUGACUUUCUAUGGGGGUGCUGCUGAAACUGAGUCCGGAACUCGUGACUUUUGCUUCUUCCACUCUCACCUUUGACUCAUGACUAGUUGCCAGGUAACCUCCAAUAGUGACCUCUUCACAACACCACUGAAAAUCUUCUAACCUUUUCCUCAGGGACACUUGAGUGCUGGCAUUUUUUUCAUGGUGACCUUUGAUCUUUAGACAUAAACUUUCCCGGGAAGAAUACUGAACUCGUAUCUGUGGUGGUGGUUUGGACCUGAGUUGUGUUUAUUUCUCCAUUGUGGCCUUUUUGACCUUUCAACUGUGACCUUUUGAACACUGAUUAAUCCUUUCCUCUUGAACCUUCAGAGCAGGGGUCCUCAACCUUUUUAAUCCUGUGGGCACCUUUGGAAUUCUGAUACAGUGUGUGUGGGGGGGGGGGGUGCAGCCACAAAAUGGCUGCCACAGUUUACCUUCAGUCCCGCAGUGAAGAUCCUUGUGCUAUGGUGGCAGCUGCCACCACAGCACUGUUUUUAAAAAUCAGCACAGCCAAAAAUAUCCAAUGGCCAGUCAAAAGCUUUGCUUGGCAACUGGCCCCUUCCACUUUCUCAAAACACUUAGUGGGCGCCCGGAAGGGUGUUGACAGGCAGCAUGGCGCCCAUGGGCACUGUGUUGAGCAUCCCUGCUUCAGACUGAUGGAGCCUUUUAACUUCUGCACUGUAUGAGCUUCUUACCUGGUAACCCUUGAACUUUGGUCGUGACGUGUCCACUGUGACCUCUCAUCUUUCGCCACGUCUCCCAGAGGAUCUUUUUGACCCUCAGUUUUUCAAGUUGCCAUUAUUAAUGUUAGACUGUUAACAAGGUUGCAUGGUUUAAAGCUUUUGGGGUGCUUUUUUCUCUAUAAAGGUGUUUGGCCGUGUUUUAAUAUAUAAAUGUUUGUACGUGUGUGUGGGGUGGGGUUGAACGCCCAUCCUCAUCUGGAACAGCUCCCCCCCACCCCCCGCAGUUGAAUAUGGGCACAAGGUGUCUGUUACGGGGCAGAGCCCACAACUGAGUGUCCUCUGAAUGCAACUGGAAUUCCCUCCCCUUCUUUGGAUCCCCAAACUUGUGCAUCUCUCAUGUUUGCAAUUUUUAAAAAAAUGCAAAAUUGUUUUUUUUUCUAAUUAAGGUUUUAAUUUAAGCAAACUUUAAAUAAAAAAAAAAUUAUGAAAAA